GAAAAUGGAUACACCUCCAGUUGUCCCAGUAGAUAGUUUGGAAGGCUCACUUAUAGAAAAGAUCAACUUACUCACCAAAGACUUUGAAAAGAAGUAUGGUUUUCCACCCGAAUUUAUUGCAAGAGUGCCUGGAAGAGUAAAUUUGAUUGGAGAACACAUUGAUUAUUGUGGUUAUGCUGUGUUCCCCAUGGCAAUUGAUCAAGAAAUCCUGAUGGCAGUUAAACCCCGACAGGAUCAACAUUUGGAGCUUUCAAAUGUCAACCCAGCAUAUGAAGAUUACAGCUGUGAAAUAAUGAACUUUGACAUUGAUAAAGGUGUACCCCAUUGGUUCAAAUACUGUUUGUGCGGAGUCAAAGGCAUCAUGGAGAAUUCUUCCAAAUCAAAAAACAAGCUUAAGGGUUUAAGUGCUAGAAUUCAUGGGUUGAUAUCUCCUGGUGCUGGAUUGUCCAGUUCCAGCGCAGUAGUCUGUGCAGCUGCGUUAGCAUUUGCGCAUGUCAAUGGUCUCGUCUACAAGAAACAAGAAUUGGCAGAUUAUUGCGCACGGAGUGAAAGAUACAUUGGCACUGAGGGUGGAGGUAUGGACCAAGCAAUUGCCAUGUUAGCCACGCAAGGUACUGCCAAACUAAUUGAAUUUAAUCCGCUCAGAGCUCACGAUACAAAACUACCAUCGGGAGCGGUGUUUGUCAUCGCUCACAGUUUAGCUGAGGUAAACAAAGCAGCUUCGUCGCUUUUCAACUGCCGAGUCAUGGAAUGUCGUUUGGCAGCCAAGGUGCUGGCACGAAUACAUGGAAUAAAUCCAGAUUCGGUGACGCGCUUGGCCGAUGUCCAGUUUUUGCUCAAUAAGACGUUACCGGAAAUGGCUUCUCUCGCAGGGCUUUACCUUCAUGACGAUCCCUACAGCAAGGAAGAGGUGUCCAAGUUACUCGAAAUGACAGAAUCGCAACUGGAAAGUAAAAUCCUGUCUGAAAAUACGAAAGACGUCAACGUUUUCAAACUACGGCAAAGGGCGCUUCACGUCUUUCAAGAAGCCCAUAGAGUGUGGCAGUUCCGCGACAUAUGCAACAGCGGUUCGGUGACAGCAUUGCAAGAGUUAGGACAGCUGAUGUUUGAUUCGCAUAGCAGCUGUCGCGAUCUGUACGAAUGCAGUCACCCGCAGCUCGAUAAUCUCGUAGAAGUAUCUCGUAAUCAUUGCUUGGGAGCAAGAUUGACGGGAGCAGGAUGGGGCGGCUGUAUGGUCGCAUUGGUGCCUGAAAAUGAAGUAAAGUCUUUUAUUGAUCAUUUGAAAGAAAAUUAUUACAAAAACUUGCCGACUGCUCGUGGUCGCGACUUGGAUGAGAUCGUGUUUGCCACCCAACCUGGUUCCGGAGCAGCUAUUUUCAAUCUCUAGAUGCAUCACGAAGUUAAUAUUUUUAGAGUUUAUUCGUCUCCAUUUACGCUGUUUUGCCUUGAAAUUCUAACAAGUUUGUCACUAAAAAAGUACAAUUUCCUUAUUCCCCUUUA